CGAGCGCGUUAGGUACUCGAAACUCAAAUUAUAAAAAAAUGUUUUAUGUAAAAAUAAAAUGUGUCGCGAUCGGUAAACGCUGCCUCACAAAGAGCUUUCAGGUGAUACCAAAACGAUCGUUGUCAACAAAGCAAAUCGGCUCUACCACCUCUGAAAAUUCAUCUACAAAUUUGUGUCAGCAUUCCGGUGCAUCUUUGGAUUGGAAGCAGGCGCGCCCUUUCAAUGAAUUACCUACAGACAAUGCCUUCAAACUGAUCUGUAAAUUUUUGCCCGGCGGUCGAUACUAUAAUUUAGACUCCAACCAAUUGGAGAUGGCAAUGCGCAAGGAGUUUGGUGAUAUUUUCGUAGUACCCGCAGUGUUGGGUCGGCCUGCCACCUUGGUAACACACAAUCCAAAUGAUUUUGCAUCUGUCUUUCGCAACGAAGGCAUAUGGCCCAUACGCCCAUUUUCAACCCUACGCUAUCAUCGGAGAAAACGGCAUGCGGAUUUUUACCAGGGUGUCGAAGGCGUUUUAACUACACAAGGUGAACAGUGGAGCUCAUUCCGCUCGGCAGUAAAUCCACUGCUAAUGCAAUCAAAAAGUAUACUCCUAUAUCUUAGCAGAAUGGCACAAGUAAGCCAGGAAUUCGUUGACAGAAUACGUCUGAUACGCGAUCCCAAUACCCUGGAAGUGCCAGCAAACUUUGAGGACUAUAUACAGCGUUGGUUGUUGGAAUCUGUAUCGCUAGUUGCUCUGGACAAUAACCUUGGAUUGCUUCGAGAACAUAAUGAAAAUCACGCAGAUGGUAUGAAAAUGAUAUCUGCCUUAAAUACAAUAUUCACACUUGGCUAUGAUUUGGAGUGGAAACCUUCACUGUGGCGACGAAUGAGCACACCGAAAUUCAAGCGUGUAAUGCAGGCUAUGGACGAUGUACAAAAUAUAUCGUUGAAAUAUAUAGAUAAAGCAAUAGAAAAACUGGAAGCCGAAAAGCAGCAAGGUUUCGAGCGGCCAGAGCAUGAAAAGAGUGCUUUCGAGAAGUUACUAAAGAUCGAUCGAAAAGUAGCGACUGUGAUGGCCACGGAUUUACUGCUUGGUGGCGUUAAUACCACUACAUCAGCAGUUACAGCCAUAUUACUUUGCUUAGCUAAGGACCCACAGAAGCAGCAAAGAGUGCGUGAAGAAGUUAUGCAAAUACUGCCACAAAAGGACGGUGAUUUCACUGCCGAUGCACUAAACAACGUAUCCUAUAUGCGCGCUUGCAUUAAGGAAUCAAUGCGUGUAUAUCCAUUAUCUGUCGGAAUUGUGCGUGUAACACAAAACGAUCUUGUCUUGAGCGGUUAUAGAGUGCCGAAAGGUACUUUGGUGAAUAUGGUUGCCACUACUCUAAUGGCUAAUGAAAAGUAUUUUCCCCAUCCGUUGGAAUUUUUGCCAGAACGUUGGCUGCGAUCGGCUAAAGGAGGGGACGAGAAUAGCGCGAACAGUGCAACUGAGUGUGUGCAAACAUUAAAACCAAACAAUCCGUUCAUAUUUUUGCCGUUCGGUUUCGGUCCAAGAAUUUGUCUGGGACGCAGAAUAAGCGAACUGGAAAUGGAAUUGGGUAUUGCUAGAAUAGUUAGAAAUUUUAAAAUUGAAUUUAAUUACCCUACGGCAAAUGCUUUUAAGAGUUUAUUUGUUAAUUUGCCAAACAUUCCGUUGAAAUUUAAGUUCACUGAUAUUGAAUAGUAACAAGUAAAUAAAUAAAUUAAUUUAUUAAUUUGAAA